AAGAAAAAUAAUGUCUUUGCUGCUUGUGUACUCGGUGUUGUAUGCACUCGUGUGCGUAUGCUUGUUGUAUCCACCGACGGAAUUCGUGAGUUCGGGCUUGACAGUGGAAGGUGUAUUUUCGCGAUGGCUCGGCGAUCCGACGACGGAUUUCAUCGGAUAUCAAGUGCGUCGUGCUGCGCUCAAGCGGAUCUUCGUCGCCUUCAUGCCGUUUGGGUACUUCGCGCUGGCCUUGAAACUGUUCCACGAAGGCUUUUAUCUUCCGAUUGACGUUAGCGGCGUCGGAAUGGCGGUGGGUUGGGACACGAUGGCGUUGCUGUGUGCGGUGUGCCUGGCCUUUUUCCUCACCUACUGCUGUUUCGUGUUUACUGAAAGUCUGGUUGGUGAUUGGGAUUGGACACCGAUCGCCAAAACCCUGGAGGAUUUCGCAGGUCCCGGCGAAAACUGGAGGGUUGUGGCGUCGCGGAUCAACUCGGAAGUUGCGAGAGCGGAUAAUUACACCACGGACCCUCGAUGUCCCAUUCGAGUGGUUGUCACUGAGAAUUGGAUUAUUCAGGUUAAUUUAUUCGGCUUAGACGUGGCUUGCCAAGAAAAUGCUGUGUUCACUUUGCAUAGCAGCAACGACUUCGCCAUAUCUCAUCAUCAUGUUUUGGGCAUUCAGUUCUUGAAUCUCGUCGUAUCCUGCGAAGGACACAACAGGAAAUCCUUCGUCGUUCGAAUUCCAUCCACUGACUUCGAGCCGUUGUCGCUGCGACUCCGCCGCCAGAUUCAGAACGCGGACAGCAUUCCGAUCGCCAAGUCUCCCUUGGACAAGUUCAUGCAUACGUUCAAAGAAUGGGCUGGUCGGAACCCGCGAGUGGAGUAUGCGGGUGAACUGGAACCCUGCGUGGGUUGCAUGGAGCGACCUGCAGAGGUGAAGCUCGUCAGACGUUGCCUGGAAGAGAACGUGCGCAGCGUGGAUGUGGAGUACAAUGGCCAGUUUCUGCGCUUGUCCACCUGCGUGCGAUGCCAGUGUCGACCCAUGUGGUGCAUCGACUGCAUGAGCAAAUGGUUCAUUGCGAGACAAGACGCAGACAGGCCUGGGACUUGGUUGACGUCAAGAGCACCGUGUCCGACGUGUCGCUCGCCGUUUUGCCUACGUGACGUUUGUUACCUCGCAUCUCGAGUGCCGGCGGAGUGA